AUGGAUACCUUGCAAGAGAAUAUCAAAUCAACACUGAUGAAGAACAUGGUCGAUUGUUCUCAUUACGCGAUUGGCUAUUCUCCAGAACAGGAAACGGAAACGCCAGAAUAUGAAACGUACUCGACAACUAGACCCACAACUUACACAUAUUAUCCAGUUCAAACAACAACCACGACAACGCAAAGGGCAACUGCGGCUACUAGAGUUCAUCGACCGUACAAAACCUACAGCACCGGACAUACGAGACAGAUCUACCAUCAGACGUACGCCGCCACAUACACAACGCCUGCCAGGGUCACCACCGCCACUACGUCAGCAGCGGCUAGGAAAACAACGGUGAAUGCCAAGAUCGAUAAAGACUGCCAGCUGAGUUUCCUGCUGAUCGUGGAUUCUGCAGAAAACGAAACGGUCGCGGAACCGUACCACAUCUACGCCCUGCAGAUCCUGAGGAAGAUCAGCGAGCUCUCCGACGAGGUGCUGAUCACGUUCGUGGAUUUGGCCGAUCCGGCUAAAGCCUAUAUAAACUUUCCGGUGCCGGUGUACCGAUUCAAGCGCGAAGCGAACAAGCUUCGAAACGUGUCAGUGAAUCUGCACCACCUGUUCUUCACCGUCGACGAUUAUACGGAAAUCAUCCCGAACAACCGGCUGAAAAGCAUCGCCGUCGUCAUCGUGCUGACCAAGGCGUUGUUCAGCAUCGAGGCUGCCGCCUUGAACGGCGAAAACCUCAGAAGCCAUGGCGCCGUCGUGUACGCGAUCAGUCUUGAGGAGGUGACGAUCGAAAACACCGACAAACUCAGCAGCUUGACCGGUAGUCCGUUGCGAGUGUUUACACAAGAAGUCAUUUCUGACUUAUACGACAGUCUGAAGGACCUGUCGGUGACCUGCUACACGGCCGACUUAGACACAUAA